ACUUUGCCACUUAGAGAUGUUAUUCCUACCAUCAUUCUUCACAUUUAUGGUUCAUUUAACUGUUCAUCUGGUGGAGGAAGCAAAACUUGGAGGUCCAGUUCAUUAUCGAUAUAUGUAUCCUAUAGAAAGGGAAUUAGGUCAUUUAAAGACCUUUGUACGAAACAAGGCAAAAACAGAAGGUUCUAUAGCUGAGGGAUACUUAGCUGAAGAGUCUCUUACCUUUUGUUCUAGAUACAUUGAAGAUAUAGAGACAAGGUUCAAUAGACCAAGACGUGUUUGUGAAAAAACAGGUGAUAAUGAGCCUUUUCUGUCAUCUAUCUUCCCACAAGGUGGGAAGCCAGUAGAAGGUUCCUCGAAUUUUACUUUAACUCAGAUGAAAAAACUACAAGCCCAUCGAUAUGUGCUUUUAAAUUGUGCAAUAGUCACACCAUUUGUUGAUGAAUUUAGACAACUAAUAAAAAGAAGUUCAAGGGGAAGGCGACCUUCAACCACUGAGAUCGAAACUAGAGUGUUUAAAGAGUUUGUUGAUUGGUUUCAAAGGCGGGUUAGGAAGGACAUAUAUAUAAAGAACCUAUAAUAAAAAGUGUACUCUUUAUUCUCUGAUUCUCUUUCUUCUCUAGUUCUCUUUCUUCUCUGGUUCUCUUCACAAGUUAUAACUUAUAUACAGUUUCUUGCACUU